AUGUGAGACUGAGACGAUUCCUCUCCAGAUUCUUGUAAAUUGUAAUUGUAACUGUCUUUCUUCUCUCUUCAACGAUCACCAACUCAAAAUUUAUUAUUCAUUAAAUCGCUCCAAUUCUCUCUUCUUCCUUUUUUCGCUGUAAAUUCUGAUGUCGACGGAGAUUCCAAAUGCGUCGGUUCCGGCGACGGCGGCAGUGCUGUAUGAGCCGCUGCUUCAGUAUCAACGGCAGGAACAGCAGCCGCCACUGGAGCUGCAGCGAUCGCAGUUUAAUAAUACUUCGCAAGUUGCAAUUGUUGGGUCCAAUCUUUGCCCAAUCGAAAGCCUCGACUAUGAGCUUAUCGAGAAUGAUUUUUUCAAGCAAGAUUGGAGGAGCAGAGGGAAGAUCCAGAUAUUUCAAUACAUUUUCACAAAAUGGAUGCUGUGUUUUCUUAUUGGACUUAUUGUCAGCCUCCUUGGAUUCUUCAACAACCUUGCCAUUGAAAACAUUGCUGGCAAAAAAUUCGUUAUCACCUCCGACAUGAUGUUAGCCCGAAAGUACAUGGCAGCUUUCCUAGUAUUUACGUCUUCAAAUCUUGGGUUGACAUUGUUUGCGAGUUUGAUCACUGCUCUUAUAGCUCCAGAGGCUGCUGGUUCAGGCAUACCAGAGGUUAAGGCUUACCUGAAUGGUGUCGAUGCUCCAGCAAUAUUUUCCCUGCGGACCCUGUUUGUCAAGAUUGUUGGUAGCAUAUGCGCUGUGUCAGCAUCUCUUAAUAUUGGAAAGGCAGGGCCAAUGGUCCAUACUGGAGCCUGCAUAGCUGCAAUAAUGGGUCAGGGAGGGUCAAAGAAAUAUGGGUUGACCUGGAAGUGGUUGCGAGUUUUCAAAAAUGAUCGAGACAGGCGAGAUCUUGUAACGUGUGGAUCAGCUGCAGGAAUUACUGCUGCUUUCCGUGCUCCUGUUGGUGGUGUGUUGUUUGCUCUUGAGGAAAUGGCAUCUUGGUGGAGAAGUGCUCUGCUGUGGAGAGCUUACUUCACUACUGCCGUUGUUGCAAUUGUCCUUCGGGCUCUAAUAGAUGUCUGUUUGAGAGGAAAAUGUGGACUAUUUGGUAAAGGAGGUCUAAUUAUGUAUGAUGUCACCUCGGCAAACAUAUCUUAUCACCUCAAGGAUGUGCCUCCUAUCCUCGUUCUUGGAAUCAUAGGCGGCAUAUUAGGAAGUAUCUACAAUUUUUUACUAAAUAAGGUUCUCAGACUUUAUAAUUUUAUAAAUGAAAAAGGAAUUGGUUACAAGAUAAUUUUGGCUUGCUGUAUCUCCAUUUUCACUUCCUGUUUUCUAUUUGGAUUACCAUGGCUCGCAUCUUGCCGUUCUUGUCCAUCAGGUGCAUCGGAGCCUUGUCCCACAAUCGGGCGUUCUGGUAAUUACAAGAAAUUUCAGUGUCCUCCUGGUUACUAUAACGAUCUCGCAAGUCUUUUUUUCAACACGAAUGAUGAUGCUAUCAAGAACCUCUUCAGCAAAGAUACAGACUCAGAGUUCCAUCGCUUAUCAAUGCUAAUUUUCUUUGUUACGUGCUUUUUCCUCAGCAUAUUUAGUUAUGGAAUUGUGGUCCCUGCGGGUCUCUUUGUGCCAGUUAUCGUGACAGGUGCAGCUUAUGGACGUUUUGUUGGGAUGUUAAUUGGUUCGCACUCGAACUUAAACCAUGGCCUCUUUGCUGUUCUGGGUUCAGCUUCUCUUCUUGGGGGAUCUAUGAGGAUGACGGUUUCCUUAUGUGUAAUAAUUCUCGAACUGACCAACAAUUUAUUGUUGCUGCCACUUAUAAUGCUUGUUCUUCUUAUCUCCAAGAGUGUAGCCGAUGCAUUUAAUGGAAAUAUAUAUGACCUCAUCAUGAAAUCGAAGGGUUUUCCCUACUUAGAAACUCAUGCAGAGCCAUACAUGAGGCAAUUGACAGUUGGUGAUGUGGUUACAGGGCCACUACGGAUCUUCAAUGGCAUUGAGAAGGUUGGUAAUAUAGUUCAUGUUCUCAAAACCACGGAACAUAAUGGGUUCCCGGUUGUAGAUGAGCCCCCACUUUCUGAGUCUCCAGUUCUAUUUGGUUUAAUCCUGCGAGCACAUCUUAUCACACUGUUAAAGAAGAAAGCUUUCUUGCGAACUCCUACACCAAUUGGCCCUGAUGCCUUUGUACAGUUUUCCUCUGAUGAUUUUGCCAAGAAGGGUUUGGGCAAUGGUGAUAAAAUUGAAGAUAUAGAGUUGUCAGAGGAAGAGAUGGAAAUGUUCAUGGAUUUGCAUCCUUUCACCAAUGGAACACCCUACACCGUUGUAGAGACAAUGUCUCUAGCAAAGGCCCUUAUUCUUUUCCGAGAAGUUGGCUUAAGGCACCUGUUGGUUGUUCCCAAAGUUCCCGGGGGAGUUCCAGUUGUGGGUAUAUUGACGAGGCACGAUUUCAUGCCAGAACAUAUCCUGCAUUUGCAUCCUUCGUCGGCACGAGGCAGGUGGAAAAGGUUAAGGUUCCAGUUUCCUAGUUUGGGCAGACUUAUUAGAGAAUUAUAGUAAAGCCGGAGUUUUGUGAAUAGCCUUGUACGUGCGUGCAGAGUUCCUAAAUGACACAACAAUAUAUUCUUUUACAUCUUCAAUGCAGUAAAGGACCUUCAUCAGAAUACAUCCAUUUGCAGUCCGGUAAGUAAAAAAAGGAAAAAGAAUUGGUUCUAUAAUAUGAAGCAGCAACUUGAAAUUCUGCUUUGUAUGAAAUUUUCGUAAACCAAUUAUCUAAUAAGUUUUGAGCUUUCUACUAAGAAUAUCUGCCGCUGACUAGAUCCCCAAGGACCGAAAUUCUUGCCCAGAAUACGCAAAAUUAGCAAAUGAAUCACUUUGCAGACAAUCUUAAUCAUGACUUCAAAUAGCUUUUGACCCCAUUAAAAGGCUUCAAUUGUAGCAUGGUUUUUCAUUGUACUGAACUUGAUCCUUCAUCCGCGAUCCAAAGUUACGCCCACUGAAGUCCCUUAUUUUUUCAGUUAGGCGAUUAUUGUCGCAAUCUUUCUUUGUAUUGAACUGCGUUAUAUAUAUAUAUAUUACAUAUUUGUAACUAUAAGCAUAUCGGAAAUGCAUCACAUUAUGUUGAAUUUCAGCUAUUUUUGGUGCUA